GUAAUCAUUAUUAUUGAAUGUUAUUGAUGUUUCUGUCCAUCAGUCCCUCCAGAAAAAUGCUGAGUUUUUUUGUGAUUGUUGCAGGCCAAAAUCCUUGAUUAUGCGGCAUGUUUUCUCAAAUAAUGCGAUGGAAUAUGCGGCAUAUUUAUGCAAUUUUAUGCAAUGAAAUUGCGGGAACUUGCAAAAAAUGUAGUUUGAUGAAGAAUAGAAAAAAAAUUGAUUCCCCCAACACCCUGUUCUCACUCGGCUACUACCUUAAUGUAACGAGUCAUUUCUUAUUACUUCCUAUGAUAAGCAAGCAUACUACAUCACAGAAAGUGAUGGGAAUAUUUAAGUUCUCAUCUUGUUUUAUAUCGUCUUAAUAAACACGUGACUCAAAAUUACAAAACGUUGAUGAGUCAAACAAGUUCUGUAGAUUUACAAAAGGAAAAUGUUACAACUUCUGUAAAAAUGAAUAAAUAAAAUUAAAAAAAAAAAACAAUGUGUGCUUCCUGUUUUUAGAGGUAGCUAUACAAAACGGACAUCUUCCGAUGCACAAAGUGCAAUCUCUAACUGUAAAAGGUAAAUUUACAUACUACUAAUAUACUUACAACUGUAAUGUUUGUGAAACUAGUGUGAUUUUUUUGUUGGCAAAUGAGACGGAUUUGCAGGCUUUAUCAUGGUUUCAUCACAGGCUUUGCAGCUUUUCGAUGAUGUCCACGUCGCGUAAUUACGUCACUUCAUAACGUUCCCAUGGCAACAGGGGAAAAUAGCUGCUCUUGUGUGAAGUAAACGCAAUAUUUUUCAACUUUCUGCUAAGAUAUAUGUGACGUUUUUGCAACGAAAAUGCAGGGAUUAUGAAAUUAUGGAAGCUCCGCAUAUUGUGCGCGGAAAUCGGCGAUUUAGGCGGCGAAAGGGCGGCGCAUAAAUAUGCGGUCUUGGCUGAUUAUGCAUCGAAUAAUGCCAUGGCAUAAUCGCGUUUUUCUGAAGGGACUGGUCCAUUUAUGAAAUCAUCACCAGACGAGUAGCAGAAGAUCAACUAACACAAAGGCAUCGAUUCUCAUAAGAGAUUAAAGUCCUUCUUCCGCCGCGCGCUGCUCCGCCGCUCUGUUUAGUUUCCGGUCUGAUUCUUCUUCUGCUGCUCCAACUCCGGCAUGGCGGGAAACAGCCAGAGAGCAGCAGGGACACGCUGCCACCCGCAGGUGAUCGUGAUGGGUUUAGACUCAGCUGGAAAGUCGACCCUGCUGGCCAGACUGCUGACAGGACAGGUAAUGGAAACAUCUCCGACCAUUGGAUUCAACGUGGGAACUCUGGACCUGGACAAGAAGACGUCUCUAACUGUGUGGGACGUCGGUGGACAGAAGAGCAUGAGACCCAACUGGAAGUUCUACCUGGACGACUGUAAGGCGCUGGUGUUUGUGGUGGACAGCAGUGAUCCAACCCGGAUGCCGGAGGCGCAGAAAGCCCUAAAGAAGGUUCUAGGUGAUGAGAAGUUAAGAAGAAUUCCUCUGAUGGUUCUGGCAAACAAGAAGGACCUCCCAAACUCCAUGACCAUACGAGAGGUCUCCAGGCAGCUGGAUCUGAACAGUUACAGCGACCGGCUGUGGGAGAUUCAGGCCUGCAGUGCUCUGAAGGGACUCGGCCUCCAACAGGCCUUCAUGUCGGUCAGCAAACUGAUCAAGAAGAGCUAGGAGGAGGAGGAGGACUUGGUCAUCUUGUCCGAGCGUGUGCAGUCUCCUCAGAGAGAUCCAUGAUUGGAUCAGCAGAAGAACUGGGACUACAACCCAGAUCCCAUUGAAGAAGACCAGGUAGACCCACAUGUGGAGCCGGCUGGACGUGUCCAGGUGAGGACUGCCCAUCAGCCAAUCAGGACAGAAGGUCAUCCAGCCACCAUACAGCUCGCACACGCUCAGAGCCACCUGCAGCCAGUGUCUGUAAACAAACAAACCAUACAGGAAGUGUGUGUAAACAAACAAUAAACAAUACAGGAAGUGUCUGUGAACAAACAA